UCUCUCCUAACGCUGAAGACUUCUGCCCCAGAGAAUCGAACCGAAUCGAGAGCUUCAAAACCUGAGAGAAUCGGUUCGGAGAUCCAAGCGCCAUUUUACAACCAAGAAUCGAAGGCCUCGUCCAAUCGAGGGUUUUGAAGCAUAGCGAAGAUCCAGUGGCGGAUCAAGAAAUUCGUCUAAAAGAAAUCGGUUGGAUCUCAUAUGUUCAUGACAAACUCAAGUUCCUUGUGCUCUCAGGUGAUUCUGAACUAGUUCUGUUACAGUUGAACUCUUUGUAACUGCGGACACAUCCAGUGGGUCUCUGGGAAAUCUUCAAAAUGGUGGUUCUUGCAGCUUCCGUUAUAACUAAAACAGGCAAAGCCUUGGUUUCAAGGCAGUUUGUGGACAUGACUCGCAUCAGAAUAGAGGGACUACUCGCAGCGUUCCCCAAGUUGGUUGGCAUAGAGAAGCAACACACGUAUGUAGAGACGGAGAAUGUCCGCUAUGUUUAUCAACCCAUUGAGUCUUUAUAUUUGCUUCUAGUGACAAACAAGCAGAGUAAUAUUCUUGAAGAUCUUGAAACCUUGAGGCUUUUGUCAAAAUUGGUACCUGAGUAUUCUCCUGCUUUGGAUGAAGAGGGAAUUUGCAAUAUGGCAUUUGAGCUGAUUUUUGCCUUUGACGAAGUCAUAUGCCUUGGACACAAAGAGAAUUUAACUGUUCCACUGGUCAAGAAAUACUGUGAAAUGGACAGUCAUGAAGAGAAGUUACAUCUUCUGGUUAGGCAGAGCAAAAUCAAUGAUACCAAGGAUAGGAUGAAGCAAAAGGCUAGUGAGAUCGACAAAAGCAAGAUCGAUAAAUCUAGAGGAGAUAAAGGAGGGUUCAUGUCAUCUGGGCUCGGAAGACUUGACGAUGGCUUCAGCAAAAUGGGUAUUUCUGGUGGUGGAGGGGGUUUUGGCAGUGGUUCCGUUCAUGGAUUGGGUGCAGACUUGGAAUACCCUAAACCAAAAGGCCCCUCAUCGGCAGAUGCCCCUGCACAAGCUCCUGCAAAGGGUCUAGGGAUGCAGCUAGGGAAGACUCAGAGGACAAACCGAUUCCUUGAAUCUCUAAAGGCUGAAGGCGAAGUCAUUUUGGAGGAUAUAUCGGCAAAUACCAGUUCGACAAAGGCUUCUUUGGCAGUUGUCUCAACAGAUCCUGUUACAUUGAGUGUUGAAGAGAAGAUAAAUGUGAUGCUCAAGAGAGAUGGCGGGUUGAGUAACUUUGAAGUGCAAGGCACACUUUCACUUCAAAUACUGAGCAGAGAUGACGGUUUCAUUCAAGUCCAGAUUGAUACAGGAGACAAUGUGGAUUUCCAGUUUAAAACCCAUCCUAACAUCAACAGGGAGUUGUUCUCAAAUCAAAAUAUUCUAGGCCUCAAAGAUCCUAGUAGGCCAUUCCCCACUAGCCAAACGGGUGAUGCAGCUGGACUUGGCCUCCUCAGAUGGAGAAUGCAAAGCACCGAUGAGUCUCUUGUUCCAUUGAGCAUCAACUGUUGGCCAUCUGUUUCUGGUCGGGAGACAUAUGUGAGCAUAGAGUAUGAAGCUUCAUCAAAGUUUGAUCUCCACAAUGUUGCCAUUUCGAUACCUUUGCCUGCCGUUCGCGAUCCUCCCAGUGUCAGGCAGGUUGAUGGAGAAUGGAGUUAUGAUUCAAGACGUACUUGCUUAGUGUGGUCCAUUCUGCUCAUUGACAGUUCUAACAGGAAUGGUUCAAUGGAAUUUGUUGUGCCGGCAGCAGAUUCAUCAGCCUUUUUCCCUAUCAAUGUGGAAUUUACAUCACUCAAGACAUUUGCUGAAGUGAGGGUUGCUGGAAUUGUAGCUUUAAAAGGAGGUGCUCCUCCGAAAUAUUCAAGCAAGGUGCAGUUGCUGACUGAUAAUUACCAGGUGGUUUGAUUUUGAGAUGAGGGAGGGCUUAAUGCUAUCUGUUGGCAUUUUUUUGGUUAAGAUGAAAUAAAGAGUAGAGUGACCAUGCAGGUAUAAAUUGUCUGAUUUUACUAGAAAUGGAACCAAGAGCUCGCAGAUGUCUCAUUUUUUUCGUCGUUUUGGUGUCCUGGGUGACUAUUGUCUAUGAUUGAUUUGGCGAUCUGUGUGGUGUUUUGUGAGCUUCUCCUUAAUGAAUACAAGUGCUAUAUUUUGGUGUCUAA